UGGGAGCCUGCGCAGACGGUGCAGGGCGGAGGGCCGCGGGGAGCAUCUCGCAGCGCCUGCGCAGAGCGGCAGCUUCUCUCGCGAGGACGGACGCCAUUAUCGCAUCUCCCCGACAAACACCACGAGAAUUCCGCAGCCCACACGGUUCUCCUGAAUCAGUUCAUGUGGGUUCUGCUUGCCUCUGAAUCCUGGAGCAGUUGCUGAGGAUGAAGGUUGAAGAAACUCCCAGUAUUCAGCACAGGCACCAAGUUCAGAGAAUAUUACUGGAUAUAACUGAGGUGACAGACUCCUAGUGCUGCGUGAGUUUGAUUCUUGCUUGUUGACUGGCCCCUCUCCUCUCAUUCUGGAUGAUGUCAGAACAGGAUUUGGCGGACGUGGUGCAGAUCGCAGUGGAAGACUUGAGUCCCCAUCACCCAGGUACAGAGCUGUGGGAGAUUGUACUGGAAAAUCAUGUAGUGACAGAUGAAGAUGAACCAGCUUUGAAACGCCAGCGACUAGAGAUCAACUGCCAGGACCCUUCUAUAAAGUCAUUCCUGUAUUCGAUUAACCAGACAAUAUGCUUACGAUUGGAUAGCAUUGAAGCCAAGCUGCAAGCUCUCGAGGCUACUUGUAAAUCAUUAGAAGAAAAGCUGGAUUUGGUCACGAACAAGCAGCACAGUCCCAUCCAAGUCCCCAUGGUGGCAGGCUCCCCCCUCGGUGCAACGCAGACAUGCAACAAAGUGCGAUGCGUCGUCCCCCAGACUACAGUAAUACUCAACAGUGAUCGGCAGAACGCCAUUGUAGCCAAGAUGGAAGACCCCUUGAGCAACAGGGCACCGGAUUCCCUGGAAAAUAUCAUUAGCAACGCAGUUCCUGGGCGUCGGCAGAACACCAUUGUGGUGAAGGUGCCAGGGCAAGAAGACAGCCACAACGAGGACGGGGAGAGCGGGUCUGAGGCCAGCGACUCCGUUUCCACCUGUGGACAGUCGGGAAGUCAGAACAUCGGGAACAACGUCACGCUCAUCACCCUGAACUCAGAAGAGGACUACCCCAAUGGCACCUGGCUGGGGGACGAGAACAACCCCGAGAUGCGGGUGCGCUGUGCCAUCAUCCCCUCUGACAUGCUGCACAUCAGCACCAACUGCCGCACCGCCGAGAAGAUGGCGCUGACGCUGCUGGACUACCUCUUCCACCGGGAGGUGCAGGCCGUCUCCAACCUCUCAGGCCAGGGGAAGCACGGCAAGAAGCAGCUUGACCCUCUCACCAUCUAUGGGAUCCGGUGUCACCUCUUCUAUAAAUUUGGAAUCACAGAAUCUGACUGGUAUAGAAUCAAACAGAGCAUUGACUCCAAAUGCCGGACAGCCUGGCGGCGGAAACAGCGAGGCCAGAGCCUGGCUGUCAAGAGCUUCUCUCGGAGAACGCCGUCCUCAUCCUCGUAUAGCACGUCAGAGAGCAUGAUGAGCACGCCGCCACCCACUGGUGAGAUACCACAGCCCCCGCCGCAGGCCCUGCACUACGCCCUGGCCAACGCCCAGCAGGUCCAGAUCCACCAGAUCGGAGAGGACGGACAGGUCCAAGUAAUCCCACAGGGUCACCUCCACAUCGCUCAGGUGCCUCAAGGGGAGCAGGUGCAGAUUACACAGGACAGCGAGGGCAAUCUACAGAUACACCACGUGGGACAGGAUGGGCAGGUGCUGCAGGGGGCCCAGCUGAUAGCUGUGGCCUCUUCAGACCCUGCUGCUGCAGGGGUGGACGGGUCGCCUCUCCAGGGCAGCGACAUCCAGGUCCAGUACGUCCAGUUGGCACCGGUGACUGACCACACCACUGCAGCUCAGGAGCUCUGGAAACUCCAGCAUUCAGACCCCGUUUGGACACUUUCUGAAAUGUCAGAUGAGAGGGUUUCUUCCUUAGAUAUUUGAAGUGUUCAUGGAGCUUCCCCACGACAGCUGAGACUCUGCAGCCCACCCUGCAGUCCGAAAUGCAGCUUGAGCAUGGAGCCAUCCAGAUCCAGUGAUGCAGGGCAGGCCACCUGAGCACGACAGGACCCGAGACGGAGCCGUCACCGCGCUCAGCGCCAGCUCCAGCCAACCACCCAGUUCUACACGCGCCCUGGCCCCACGGCUUUGCACAGAGGUGACUGCACACGUUCUGUUAAAGUGCAUCCGAGAGCCUCAUCCACAGGAGAAAGCGUCCCAGUAAAUAAACAGAUGGUAACAGCCACCACCCCUGCCAGAAGACCCCUUUCGUUUGAGUCACACUGUUGGUGUCUAGAGAAAGAGUGGGGAAGCACAGUGUGGAUUGCAUUAAGUACACACAGAAAAUCAAGAACUACAAUAUUUUUCUCUGUUUAAACAGCUUUUUUUAAUUUGCUAUGGUGUUUAUAACAAAAAAGAAAACUGAAAAAAAAUGGACUAGCAGAAGCCUUUUGCUGUGUGCUCUGUUCAGUGUAAUGAAAAUAGGUAUUUGCAAAGACAGCUAACGAUUUUGAUGGAAAUAUUGCUUACCUACUUUUCUAGGGGGAAAUGCUCUCAACAAUGUAAUUAAGCAUUUCUAAUGAAAUAAAAUGUAUUUAUGACCACA